AUGUCAGAUGACAUAAAGGAAAAAGUGAUACAGGAGAUCAAAUUAUCUCCAACUGGUAUGUUUGCAAUACAGCUGGAUGACUCAACGGACGUGAGUUCUUGUGCACAGCUACUCGUGUUUGUUAGGUAUGUUUUCUUGUGUGACAUCAAGGAGGAAUAUCUGUUCUGUACACAGCUUGAGACCACCACAAACACUGUAGAUGUGAUGGAAAAGCUGUCUUCUUUCUUCACAGCUAACAGGAUCAGCUGGGAAAAUUGCUGUGGAGUCUGUAUGGAUGUGGCUCCGGCGAUGCUGGGAUCAAAAUUCGGUUUCCAGAAGCGUAUCAAGGAAGUAGCUCUGAAUGCCAAGGGGAUCCUUUGUAUGAUCUAUCGUUUUGCACUGGCGUCGAAAACUCUCCCUGAUGAACUUUGCAAGAUCCUGGAGGCAGUGGUCAAGUGUGUCAACUUUGUGAAAGCUGGGGAUCUGAACUCUCGCUUUUUCCAGAACCUUUGUAGAGACAUGGAUUCAGAGCAUGAAGCCCUCCUCCUUUACUCCAAAGUGCGCUGGCUUUCCAAGGGCAAUGUUGUGAAUCGAGUGUUUGAACUUCGGGGAGAGCUUAAGUUGUUCCUGGAAGUGCAAGGGAAAGAUGAUCUAUUAAGUCACUUCAAUGAGGUGUUGUGGGAGCCACGUCUUGCAUAUUUAGCAGAUAUAUUUGAGCAGCAAAACAGGCUGAAUCUCAAGCUGCAGGGCAAUGACAGAAAUGUGUUUCACCUCAUGGAUUGUCUUAGUGCAUUUCUUGCCAAGCUCCAGAAUUGGCAAAGGAAAGUCAAUGCAGGAAAUGUUGCCAUGUUUGAGAAUCUUUCAACUGUUCUUGAUGAGAAUGAAGAUCAUCUGCUUGACCCAUCACUCAAACCUGAAAUCACUCAGCACCCGAAAUCCUUGGAAAAUGAGCUCAAAAAGUAUUUCCCAGAAUUCGAGGAGGAAGAUGGGAAAUUGGUGAGGAAUCCUUUCUCUGGCACUCUUGAUAUUGCUACCAUUCCCAAUGAUGUUCAAGACGAAUUUCUUGAUCUCAAGAAUGAUUCUGCUGCCAAAGAUCUCUAUGAAGAAAGAUCUGACUGUAUUCUGGUGCUCAAUGUAUCAGUCAUAUCCAAAAGUUGGCGAGAUUGCACUUCGAGUCCUCUUGCCUUUUUCAACUACCUAUUUAUGCGAAUCUGGUUUCUCCACCCUUCUACAUAUAAAGAGUAA